AUGCGUUCCGCCUUGCUGGGUGCUGCUCGUAUGCAGCGCGCCAUGCCCAUUGGCCGUUUCUACAGCCAGGCGGCGCAGCUUCGUGGCCUUGAUGCCUCCAAGCUGAGCAUCACCAAGACGCAGAGCCCCAAGACCCUGAGGAAACCCGAGGACCUCGUAUUUGGCAAGGAAUUCACAGACCACAUGCUCGCCAUUGAAUGGAACCUGGAGCAAGGAUGGUUGGAACCGAAGAUUGUCCCGUACCAGAACCUCUCCCUCGACCCCGCUAGUUGCGUCCUGCACUACGCCUUUGAGUGCUUCGAGGGCAUGAAGGCGUACAAGGACAAAAACGGCCGCGUCCGCCUCUUCCGCCCCGACCGCAACAUGGAGCGCUUCAACAAGUCCUCGGCCCGCAUCGCGCUGCCCACCUUUGACCCGGCGAGCCUGAUUGAGCUCAUCUCCAAGUUUGCGCAGCUCGAGUCGCGCUUCAUCCCGGACCAGCGCGGCUACUCUCUCUACCUGCGACCGACCAUGAUUGGCACCCAAAAGACGCUCGGCGUCGGCACCCCCGGUUCCGCCCUCCUCUUCGUUAUCGCCUCCCCCGUCGGCCCUUACUACCCCACCGGCUUCAAGGCCGUCGCCCUCGAGGCGACCGACUACGCCGUCCGCGCCUGGCCCGGCGGCGUCGGCGACAAGAAGCUCGGCGCCAACUACGCGCCCUGCAUCGUGCCCCAGCAGGAAGCCGCCAGCCGCGGCUUCCAGCAGAACCUGUGGCUCUUUGGCGAGGAGGAGUACGUCACCGAGGUCGGCACCAUGAACAUGUUUGUCGCCAUCACGGACAAGGCGACCGGUCAAAAGGAGCUCAUCACCGCGCCGCUCGAUGGCACCAUCCUCGAGGGCGUCACCCGCGACUCCAUCCUCGGCCUGGCCAGGGAGCACCUCGCGCCUGCCGGCUGGAAGAUUAGUGAGCGCAAGUACACCAUGCAGGAGCUGUACGAUGCGGACCAGGAGGGCCGCCUUCUCGAGGCUUUUGGCGCGGGCACGGCUGCUAUUGUCAGCCCGGUCCGCAAGAUUUCCUGGAAGGGCAAGAUGGUCAACUGCGGCCUCAAGGACACAGAGGAGUCUGGCGAAAUUGCCCUGCAGAUGAAGGACUGGAUUGAGAAGAUUCAGUACGGUGACUACGAGCACGAGUGGAGCUAUGUUACUCCUCAGUAA